AUGAUGUUUGAAGACACAGGAUUCUCUACCGAUUUUGACUUUUUAUCCUCACCUCCCACAAAGGAGCCCGAACCCAUGGACCCAUUCAAGCCCGAGCCCGAGACUAUAGCCGAGGACGAAUUCACAGAUGACGAGAUAGACGUGGACGAGCUCGAGCGUAGAAUGUGGCGCGACAAGAUGCGGCUCAAACGACUCAAGGAGAUGAGUAAAGGGACAAUAAAGGAGGGCCCGGACUCGGCCCGCCAGCGUCAGUCCCAGGAGCAGGCCCGUCGAAAAAAGAUGUCGCGGGCCCAAGACGGGAUCCUCAAGUACAUGCUGAAGAUGAUGGAGGUAUGCAAGGCCCAGGGCUUCGUGUACGGUAUCAUCCCCGAGAAGGGCAAGCCCGUGAGCGGGGCCUCCGACAACCUCCGCGAGUGGUGGAAGGAUCGAGUCCGCUUCGACCGCAACGGGCCCGCCGCCGUUGCCCGGUACCAGUCCGAGAACGGGCUCGGGGCCCGGGACGAGUCCUCCGGGCCCGCGGGCCCCACCCCCCACACGCUGCAGGAGCUCCAGGACACGACCCUCGGCUCCCUCCUCUCGGCCCUCAUGCAGCACUGCGACCCACCUCAGAGGCGUUUCCCUCUCGAGAAGGGAGUGUCCCCUCCGUGGUGGCCCACGGGCCGCGAGGAGUGGUGGGCCCAGCUGGGCCUGCCGGCGGGCCAGCAGGUCCCGCCGCCUUACAAGAAGCCGCACGACUUGAAGAAGGCUUUCAAGGUUGGUGUGCUGACGGCCGUGAUCAAGCACAUGUCGCCAGAUAUUGAUAAGAUCCGGAAGCUCGUGAGGCAGUCCAAGUGCCUCCAGGACAAGAUGACUGCCAAGGAGAGCGCCACCUGGCUUGCUGUCGUCGACCGUGAGGAGAGAUUGGCACGUGAGCUCUACCCGGACAGGGUCCCGUCCCAGAACGAGUCGUUUAUUUACGACAGCAGCGAUUACGAUGUUGAGAUUGUCGUAAAAGAUGAGGCUCCUGUCAGCAACAACAGCUUGGAGUUAUCGAGGAAGAGAAAAUCGGGCGUGGAGCAGAUGAAUGGGUGCGGGGUGUACACGUGCGUGUACACACGGUGUCCGCAUGGGGAUAUUCGUCAUGGGUUUCAUGACCGAGCCACGAGGGAUAAUCAUCAGCUCUCGUGCCCAUGUGGUCCGGCAAACGAUUUCGGUCCUGUGAAUUUCAACGUUGACGAGGUCAAGCCAAUCGUAUUCCCUCAAACUCUUGUCCAGCCGCCGUUCAACCUGUCGGGAGUCGGGGUUACUGAGGACGGGCAAAGGAUGAUAACGGAGCUUAUGUCCGUGUAUGAUGGAAAUUUUCAACCAAACAGACACGGACCAGUUACGAACGAGCAGCCUCUUAGUCAAAGUCAACUCAAUGUCGCGGGCGGGGGCCGAGGGUUAGUUUUCGAGGGUAAUAGUUUAUUUGAGGACAAUAGUAACAUGGCUACUAGUGCUUCAAUGUUUACAACAGGGGCAGGUGAUGGGUUUGAUCAGUGCAGGAUCAUGAGUUCUCCAUUUACCGUCAACAUUACGGAUAAUUUCCAGAUGAUGUUUGGAUCGCCGCUCAAUAUGUCCUCUUUCGACUAUGCGGAUGGGUUUUCUGAGAUCAAGAAUGGUAAUGCGUCGAAACAGGACGUGAAUUGGUACUAA